AUGGAAAGACAGUACAAGACUUUUAAUCAACACCUUAACAUCUUAGAAAAGGAGUCGUAUGAUAUUAAGAUUAAAAUGUCGGACAUAGAAAAUACUAAUGACUUUAUCAUGUCCAGCAUCAUAGCUAACAAUGUCCUGGCAAAUUUGCGUAAUAUUCAAGAUACUCUUUUGGAUACCAUUACUAACCUUCAACAUUUUAAUGUGCAUCUUUUGUCACCUAUUCAGAUGGAAAACGAGCUAAGUAUCAUAUCCAGCCAGAUAACAAAGGAUUUGUCAUUACCGUUAGAUAACCUCCGAAAUAAUUUAUCCAACCUAUACAGGAUUUUAAAGGUCAAAGCUAGAAUGACGAAACAGUAUUUCAUUUUUGAGAUCCAAAUACCUCUUACAAGUAGAGACGACUACGAAAUUUACAAUGCCAUACCUCUCUAUCACCAAAUCGCUAACUCAUCACGUACUAUGGUUAAUCUUCUCCCAAUAUCUGAUCACAUAGCAAUAAAUUUGAAGAAAGAUACCUUCAUACCGGUAACUGAGAAUGACUUUAAGAACUGUAUAGAAUACAACGAUAAUAUUUUAUCAAAUUAUCUUUGCCAAAUUCAAACGCCCGUCUACGAGAGACAGACGGACGAAAACCUUUGUAUAAAAAGUAAACAAACGAACAGCUGUGAAAUCACAACUAGCGCGUGUCAAACUACAUGGAAAAAGCUUACUAAGUUAAACACAUAUCUAAUUAAUUGUUGCGGGCAAUGUACUUUUCGUUUUAUAUGUCGAGAUCGGGUUACCGUCGAACAGGUGACGGGAACUAAUAUUAUAAUUCUCGGUACCGACUGCAUCAUUCGGGGAAAUACGCUAGUGAUAACGCCUCAUAAAUUAUUGACUAAUGAGUUAAAUAUCGAGCCGGUAAUCUUUGCACCAGAGAUCGCACCCGUCAAUAGCAUCAUCAAUAUAUCCAUCCCUAUCCACACGAUGAAUAUAUCAGACGGUUUCGGACAAGAUAUCGAUAACAUCGAAAACAAUAUAAAGCAGCUAAAGUCGGCUUCGGACAGCCUAGAAAAUGAAUCCAAUAGCCUGAGCUAUCAUGACGUCCAUCACUACGUCGCCAUCUACUGCCUGGCGGCCGCAGGGCUGGCGGUUGCGGGCGGCGCGUGGGUGCGCGCGACCUGCAGACGCGCUCGAGCCGCGCGCCCGCCUCCGAGCAGUGGUCAGCAGGACACUACUGUACAUUGUGUGUGUUCCAAAAAUUUUAAGUGUAUAAGUGUGAGUGAAAAAGCAGAGCAAAGUGAUUACAGUGUCAGUGUUCUCGGUCAAGACAUUCCAAAUCAGACUAAUCGAUCGGUUCAUAAAAACACUUCGCCUGUUUUAUUAAAAUGUAAUUUUAGACGUACUCGCUAA